AGCGCCGCUCGCGGCCGGCGGCCGAGUUCCGUUCCCGUUCCCGUCGGGCCGGGGCCGGGCGCAGGGAGCCGGUGGCGGCCGUUGCUCGUCCUCGCUGCCCUCCCUUUCCCCUCCCUUCCUCCUCGCCCUGCCUCGCAGCGGUCGGCGGCGGUCGCGGGGAGGGCGGGAGCGCGGCGCGGGCGCGCGGCGCCGCAUGCGUCGCUGAUGGAGCCGGGCUCGGGGCUGCAGCAGCGCAGGGCGGGCGGCGGCGGCGGCGGGCUGGACCUCGGGGCGGGCUCGGCGGGGGGGUCGCCGGCGCUGUCCGGGGGCCAGGCCCGCCGCAGGAAGCAGCCGCCGCGCCCCGCCGACUUCAAGCUGCAGGUGAUCAUCAUCGGCUCGCGGGGGGUGGGCAAGACCAGCCUCAUGGAGCGCUUCACCGACGACACCUUCUGCGAGGCCUGCAAGUCCACCGUGGGUGUUGAUUUUAAAAUCAAAACAGUAGAGCUAAGAGGAAAGAAAAUUAGAUUACAAAUCUGGGACACAGCAGGUCAGGAGAGAUUCAACAGCAUUACCUCAGCUUAUUACAGAAGUGCCAAGGGAAUCAUAUUGGUAUACGAUAUCACCAAGAAGGAGACAUUUGAUGAUUUACCAAAAUGGAUGAAAAUGAUCGAUAAGUACGCUUCAGAAGAUGCAGAGCUUCUGCUAGUUGGAAAUAAACUGGACUGUGAAGUUGAUAGAGAGAUUACUCGACAGCAGGGAGAAAAGUUUGCACAGCAAAUAACCGGGAUGCGGUUCUGUGAAGCCAGUGCCAAGGAUAAUUUUAACGUGGAUGAAAUAUUUCUAAAACUUGUUGAUGACAUUCUGAAAAAGAUGCCACUGGAUGUUAUAAGAAAUGAAUUGUCCAACAGUAUCCUGUCCCUGCAACCAGAGCCUGAAAUCCCACCAGAACUGCCUCCUCCAAGGCCACAUGUCCGUUGCUGUUGACUUGUUACUCCAUGUAGAGUGAAAAAUAGGAGUGGGAGGGAAAAGAAAGUAUCCUUACUACUCUGCACUACAAUCAUUUGGCAGUUUCUUGUUGCACUUUGUUAUUUGAGUCAGAGCUACACACUAACUUGUAAAUAUGCAAAUAUGUAAUCCUGUGUAGGAUUCAGCUAUAACAUUUAAUUAUUACCCUCUCCCUCACAAUUGUAUUUCAUUUAUUGCCCCAGUGUUAUAUAAAUAUUGUACAGUCUGUGGGGAAUUACCACACUUCCAGUUGAGGAGGAGGAGAAUUAAAUCUAUACCUAUUCCUGACAUAAAUGUUGUAAUAGUUCUUGUUAUUAUAAACAGGCAGGCAGAAGCUCUUCUGGUAUGAAGAUAAGUAUAUGGUGCUUUGCUAACUAUUUUAAAGAUGAAUUUUUUAAAAACAGAGGACUUUAUGUACAAAGCUUCCAUAAUCAACAUUAUGUUUCCUUUUAAUGUAUUGAAAACACUUUUGGCUGUAGCAUCCUCUGCUGACUGGAUUUAUUGAAAAGCUAAGUUUAAUUUCUGGCAGUCUCUUAUUUAUUUUGUUUAAUGCUAAACCUUCUCCUUAUGUAUUAAGACAUCACGUUUGGUGCAGGUCUAAGAUUGCACUCUGAAAUUGCAUAUAUAAUUUUCUGCUUAAGUAUAAACUUGGUUGCAAGAGUCAUUAAGAUUCAAUAAAAAUGGAGAUGUAAUCAACUCUAAAUGAAGAUAUAAAAAAGCAAUGCUGCUGUCCUAGACAAAUUCUUUUUAUUAAAAAAAAAAAAAGAUAAUACAUUUUCCUGUGUUAAGGAAUAUAUAUGCGUAUUUGUCUGGACAUCUGUAGGGUUGGGGGAAGGGGAAACUUAGGAAAAAAAAUCAUUUUACCUUAAUGGUGGAAAUUAUUCCCAUCAAGCAUAUACUGUGUUUCAGUUUUUGUCUGAUAAUGAAUUUGUGAAUUAUAUCUUUGGUAUAUCUUUUUUUAAAAUGCACUGUUUAGUUGUGGUAAAACAGUAGAUACAUAUUUGAAUAACUUGGUGUGUCCUGAAUGUUGUGGUAUUGAAAAUCAUUGUGGUCUUUCUAAACUAAUGAAGUGCAAAUAAAAUUUUGUAUUUAUGAA